GCGCCUAUAUAAAGGCUGGCACUUGUUAGGAAAGCGCUGGCAGUGGACUGUGGACUGGUCAUCAGCAUCCAGGCUGUGGUGAAGGCUCUGAAAGAGAAAACAAGAACUACGCAAAGCAGCUAUGGCUCACGCUUGGGGUUACGCAGAACAUGAUGGGCCUACUAAAUGGGCUGAGAGCUUUCCUGUCGCCAAUGGACCCAGGCAGUCUCCUAUUGACAUCAUCCCAAGCCAAGCACAGUUCGACUCCAACCUCAAGCAAAUUAAGCUGAAGUAUGACCCCAGCACCUCCAAGGGCAUUCUCAACAAUGGCCAUUCAUUCCAAGUGGACUUUGCUGACGACGACGACAAGUCAACUCUGACUGGAGGGCCCGUGACUGGAACAUACAGGCUGAAGCAGUUCCACUUCCACUGGGGCGGCGCUGAUGAGAGAGGGUCCGAACACACUAUUGGGGGCACCAAGUUCCCCUGUGAGCUCCACCUGGUGCACUGGAACACCAAGUACGCAAACUUUGGUGAGGCCGUCAGCAAGCCUGAUGGUUUGGCUGUUGUUGGGGUUUUCCUGAAGAUUGGUGCUGCCAAUCCAAGUCUGCAGAAGGUUCUGGAUGCUUUUGAUGCCAUCAAAUCAAAGGGAAAGCAAACUACAUUCUCCAACUUUGAUCCUAUAACCCUGUUGCCUCCCACUCUGCAUUUCUGGACUUAUGAAGGCUCUCUGACCACGCCCCCUCUGCAUGAAAGUGUCACCUGGAUCGUCCUGAGGGAUCCAAUCAGCGUCAGCCCUGCUCAGAUGGCUAAAUUCCGUAGUUUGUUGUUCAGCGCGGACGGGGAGAGCCCUCGCUGCAUGGUGGAUAACUACAGACCCCCGCAGCCCCUCAAGGGACGCAAAGUCCGUUCCUCCUUCAGAUAAACUCCAGUUCCGUGCCUUACCACCCCCCCACCCUUCCCUCCUGUCCUCCAAUUAUGGUGGCUCCUCUUUUCUGACGACAUUCAAAAGCACUCCCAGUGAAAUUCUCCCAGCGGAAAAAUGAAAUGUAACUAAAUUAUAAAAGUAUGAUAUAAUUUUUUUUUUAAUUUAUUUAGUUUUCAUCGCGUAUUCUUAUAUUUUUGCUUUGUUUUUAUUUUAUUUUUGUUUUGUGUCUAUUUUAUUUUAUGCACUUCUGCUUUGUUCAUUUUGUUUUAUUUUACAGCUCAAUGAAAUAAUCUGGAUAAGCAGCACUUCUCAAGUGUUGCUCUGUGUCAUUUUGCCAGAAUGUGCCUGUAUGUAAAUCCCAUUAGCUUUAGAAAAAGUAAAGACAGCAUCACGAUCGUUGCAUAUAAACCGCAAUGCAUCAUGUCUUGUUCUGAUUAUUGUUCGAAGAGUGCAUAAUGGAGGACCAUCUAAUACCCCCCCCCCAAACAAAACCAUUCCAUUAUAUUAAUUAUCCUUUGUGUGCUUUUACUGGAAAAUCAUUGCCCCACUUUAGCUAUGCAGACCUACAGUGUGCUAUGAAAAAAAAGCAUAUAUUACAUAGGAUUAUAUAGGAUGUCACAUUCUACCCCGUAGAAAUCAUGGUUAUUAUGUGUGUAGCAUUAACAUGUUGUGUGAAAUGGUGCCAGUUACAUACAGAGAGGUCAGUCUAUGGCCAGUAAACCCAAUAAGUGCCAGUAUAUAUCUCAUUUAAGGAGCAGCACUAGCCAGAGAAAUUAUAAAGGGAUGCUAUGAAAUAAUGCUUGACUACAAAAUCCUACACUCAUGAUGUCAUGAUAUUUGGUUUUGAAAUGACAUAUGAAGAAAUAUGGAUAAAUGACAUUUAAGAUAAUGUUUGUCAUUUAAUCUGAAGACUUUUAUGAACAAUAAAUAAAUAUAUUUUAAGAGAUUAAA